GCGGGGCUCAGCUGACGGGCUGCGCUUUGCUCUUGUGUAGAUAUCUCGCUAGCUCAGUUUAGUGUGUGCGACUCAGAGAUGGAUCGAGGGCGCUCUUCCGACUAGCGAAGCCUCAGCUACUCAUGCACCCAGAAGUAUUGAAAUAAUAGCUGAGAUUCAGUCGCUGAAGAUAUAAAAAGAAAAGCAAAUAAACAGUCAAUCUUUCACCUCCACUCAACACACCCUAACACGGCAUUGAUGGUAAUGCAUGCAGGGAAACAACCGCGACUCAGUGAUGGGUGCAACGACCGAAGGGAUUCUCAACCCUAUCAGACCCUUAAGUACCCAUCAAAGAGUCACCCGGGCAGUGAUCAUCGCCAUGAGAAGAUGCGUGACAGUUCCGACCCCAGCCCACCUUGUAAGAUGCUUCGGCGCUCUGACAGUCCCGAAAAUAAACACAGCGACGGUACAGGACACAGCAAGGCAAAGGCAGUGUACAUGCAUCGACUCAGAGAAAGAGAUGGAGGGCCCAGUUAUUCUCCACAUGAGAACUCAAACCACCACGGCACUCUGCACAGCUCUAAUUCCCAUUCUAAUCCCAGCAGAACUUCGGAGACGCCGUACGAGCCCGCGGAUGACUGGUCGGAGCACAUCAGCUCCUCGGGGAAGAAGUACUACUACAACUGCAGGACGGAGGUGUCGCAGUGGGAGAAACCCAAAGAGCUGCUGGAGAGAGAGCAGCGGCAAAAGGAGGCGAGCAAGAUGGCGGCCGUGGUCAACAGCUUCCCCAAAGACCGGGACUACCGGCGGGAGGCCAUGCAGGCUGCGGCCCCCACCACCUUCAGCAGCUCCAAAUGCACUCCGUCAGACAAGCCUGCCUCCCAUUCCUGCUCCUCCCAGCCUCUGUCGUCGACCUCGUCGUCAUCGUCCGCGGCGACGGGGCUGAACCCCAGCGGGCCGGCGAGUUCGGCCGCCACCACCGUCCCAGUGUCCCCCGUCCUGCAGAGCCCCGCCCCGCCCCUCCUCCAGGACCCCACGCUGCUGAGGCAGCUGCUCCCAGCCCUGCAAGCCACCCUGCAGCUCAACAACGCCAGCGUGGACAUGUCCAAGAUCAACGAGGUCCUCACGGCUGCGGUCACACAAGCUUCACUGCAGUCUAUGCUUCAUAAGAUCCUCACUGCCGGCCCGUCUGCUUUCAACAUCACUGCUCUGCUUUCCCAAGCCGCUCAGCUCAAUACUCCAGCCCAGCAGUCCAGUCAGUCCCCGAUGUCAUUAACGUCCGAUGCCUCGUCGCCCAGAUCCUACGUGUCACCCAGAACAAGCACGCCGCAGACCAACGCCGCCGUGUCCCAGAAGUCCCUGGUCAACACGCCGCCCGUGUCUUCACAGACCAAGGUUAGCACACCGGUGGGGAAGGCAGGACCACACCCCCAGACCGUAUCCCAGCAACCGGUCGCCGUGGACAAACCGCACGAGCGCGACUCUCCGCGGCUGCAGCGGCAGAGCAGCAGCAGCGUCCAGAGGAGUCCCUCGCCCAGCCCCAACCACAGCAGCGGUGGCAGUCACAGCACCUCCACGUCAGCCUCCUCCUCGGCGCCUCCCGGCUCCUCCAGGCCGGGGUGUGCGUACGUCCCCGGGGCCCCCGCCCGGCCGGCCUGCACCCUCACGCCCGCCCUCGCCUCCCACUUCAACGACAACCUCAUCAGGCACGUGCAGGGCUGGCCCGCCGAGCACAUGGAGAAGCAGGCCUCCAGGCUGCGUGAGGAAGCCCACAACAUGGGGAGCAUCUACAUGUCUGAGAUCUGCACAGAGCUGAAGAACCUGCGGUCCUUAGUGCGAGUGUGUGAGAUCCAGGCCACUCUGCGGGAACAGAGGAUACUGUUUUUAAGACAGCAGAUCAAAGAGUUGGACAGGCUGAAGAACCAGAACUCCUUCAUGGUCUGAGGCGAGGGCGUAGGCCGGUUGCACGCGGCCGGAGACCCAGGGCCGAGGUCCUGUGCCCGGGCUUGGCACUUUGGAGCCGCCGUCCCGGCAGGCUUUGGACCGUCGGGGCUGGGCGGACCAGCGCGAGGGCAGAGGUGGUGACCGAGCCUCGCGGGGAAAUUUCGGCGGGAAAAGGCGGAAGAGAACGCGGCCUCUGAGUGUAGAUUUCCUGUAGAUGUAUCCAUGUUGUAAAUACCUUUUUGUAGAGCGGAGCCCUUUGAAAGACAGGCCUAUCGGAGAGCUCCGACAUCCGGACUGAUCGACGCCCGCGUACCGGCCGAGCACGUUAGCCCUGUGGGAUAAUUGACAGGGGGGGGGGGGACCCCCCUUGCGUCCCCCCCCCCCCCCGCUUUUGCCUUUCCACCAGUCCCAGCAGUCUUGUCUCAGCGACGCUGCGUUUCCAUAGGGAUGUCUCCAGUGCCUGGGGGCCCCUAGGUGGGCCCCCACAGCAGCGUUGGACGGUAGUCAGAGAUUGCACUCAGCCCCCGGUCCCUUCACCCUGUUUAAACUGCCUCUGUUUGUUUCUGCUCUUUCUGGCAAAAUUCUAUUCCUUCUCACCACCAACACCAAUUUUACAGCUCGACUUGAAAUGGUAAAAAAAUCAAACCUGCUUUACUUGGUGUUUCCAGAACACCCGGGACCCUGCCCGUCACUUCAUUCCUGUGUACAGUUGCUCAAUAAGGUUUAAAAAUUAAAAAAAAUACUAAAUUAAAUAUUUUUUUUCUUUUCUUUUUUUUUCUUUUUUUUUUUUUUUUUAAGAAAGAUUGCCGUGAAUACUAGUGUAUCAGAACUGUCGUAUUACAUGAAUUAUUCCUUUUUUUUGUUCGUUUCUUCGCACCAUGUAAUGAACAGAAGGGCGUGACCGGGAAACCACGGCAACGGAGCUCUGUCCUCCGCCGACCACACGCGGAGGUCACAAGGUCAAAUGUGAACUGUGUAUACUGUAAUAAAGAUACUGAACUAAA